UGAAUGUAAGGUCUUGAAAAAGAAAGAACAAAUAAAUCGAGCCCUAGAUCUACGGGGAGAAUCAAACCAGAUUUUCGAUCCGAUGAACUGAACCUGAACCGAUAAUCUCGAUUCGAUUCCAUUUCUCCGUUCGAGCUCCAGCCGACCGAUCUCCAGACUCAGUUCUUAUUGUUUUCAGUUGGGCCUUGUUAUCUUCUUUAAGUCUGAACUGAUUUCAGAGGCUACCGAUUGAUAGCAUGUUGGCCGCGGAAAUCCUCUCCUUUUCAUACCCUAUAAACAAAACCCUAAAAAGCCCUAAGUUUCGGCCAAAUCUCUUGCCACCACUCGCUCUCUCCCCAUCCGAAUACAUCCCACACCGAUCCAACUUCCGACUUCAUGCCUCUCUUUCAGAACUCCCAUCGCCGGUCCUAGUCGAUUCGGUUCCUCCACAUUUACGUGUUGAGAUUUACGCUGAAGCUCUCCCUUUCAUUCAAAAAUUUAGGGGCAAGACUAUCGUAGUCAAGUACGGUGGCGCUGCCAUGAAAUCCGAGGCCCUUCAGGCCUCGGUCAUCAAAGAUCUCGUCCUCCUAUCCUACAUUGGCCUUCGAAUUGUAUUCGUUCACGGAGGAGGCCCGGAGAUCAACCAAUGGCUAGGCCGCCUCGGAAUCCAACCCAAUUUCCUAAACGGUCUCCGCGUAACCGACGCUGCCACAAUGGAAAUCGUGACGAUGGUUCUCGUGGGUAAAGUAAACAAACAACUUGUAUCCCUAAUCAACAAAGCGGGCGCGACCGCCAUCGGUUUCUCAGGCAUCGACGGUCGCCUCCUAACCGCCCGACCAUCUUCGAAAUCCUCCGAGCUAGGGUUUGUCGGUGAUGUCGCCUGUGUCGAUACGUCAGUCAUCCGGCCGCUCAUCGAGAACAAUCACAUUCCCGUGAUCGCUUCGGUGGCGGCCGACGAGUCAGGGCAAUCGUACAACAUCAACGCCGACACCGCGGCGGGUGAGUUGGCGGCUGCUUUGGGGGCGGAAAAGUUGAUAUUGUUGACGGAUGUGGCGGGGAUCCUUGAGGAUCGAAAUGAUCCCAUGACCUUAGUUAAGGAGAUUGAUAUAAAGGGUAUUAAGAAGAUGAUCGAUGAGGGUAAGAUUGCGGGUGGGAUGAUUCCGAAGGUGAAUUGUUGUUUGAGAUCGAUUGCACAAGGUGUUCAUACCGCGAGUAUAAUUGAUGGGAGGCAACCGCAUUCGUUGUUGUUGGAGAUUUUGACUGAUAAAGGAGCUGGAACUAUGAUUACUGGUUAAAUUUUAUGGUUUGGUUAAUGCCAAGAAUAAACACAAGAUCUUUUUGUUGAGAAUAUUUUGUUUUAGUUGAUGGGAUUUGAUUGUUGUAAUGGAAGUUUUUACUUUAAUAUAAUUUGAAAGGAAGAUGAUGAAUGAAAUGUAGAAUUUGUAGAGAGAUUUCUUAA